AACGUACACUUUCACUGUAAUCAACAGCCAUGGCCGCCAUGGCUUCUUCUUCUUCUAAUUUCUUCUUCAUCUUCUUCCUCGUGUUAUGUCUGAAAAUCACUGCCAAAAAAACAUACAUUGUCCAAAUGAAACAUCAAGAUAAGCCACUUUCUUUCGAAACCCACCAUGAUUGGCACAGUUCGAGUUUACAAUCACUCACCGAUUCCCCACCCGAGUCACUUCUUUAUUCAUAUACUGAAGCUUUUAAUGGCUUCGCUGCUUCUCUUAAUGAAGAACAAGCUGAGUCUCUUAGCAAAUCGGAAUCGAUUCUGGGUGUUUAUGAAGAUACAGUUUACACUCUCCAUACUACUCGUUCACCUCAAUUCCUCGGCCUUGACGCCGAUUUGGGGCUUUGGGCCACCGGCGGUAGUACCCAGGCUUCUGAGGAUGUUAUUAUCGGGGUUCUUGAUACCGGAGUUUGGCCGGAAUCUAAGAGUUUUGACGAUUCGGGCAUGCCGGAGAUUCCUUCUAAGUGGCGGGGUGAAUGUGAGCCGGGUCCUGAUUUUGGUCCUAAGUUUUGUAACAAGAAACUCAUCGGUGCUCGGAGCUUUUCGAAAGGUUACCGUAUGGCCAUCGGCGGUGGGAUUAAUAAAAAACCCAAAGAGAUCGAUUCCCCACGUGAUCAAGAUGGUCAUGGGACUCACACGGCCAGCACCGCCGCAGGUUCUCACGUGGCUAACGCUAGCCUUUUAGGGUACGCCAGUGGGAUUGCUCGUGGGAUGGCGACUCGAGCCCGGGUCGCCGCUUAUAAGGUUUGUUGGGAAACGGGUUGUUUUGGGUCCGAUAUCCUCGCUGGGAUGGAUCGGGCUAUCCGAGAUGGCGUUGAUGUGCUUUCGGUGUCCCUCGGUGGUAGACUGGCGCCAUAUUACCGCGAUACGAUCGCCCUCGGAGCCUUCGCGGCGGUGGAGAAGGGUAUUUUCGUCUCUUGCUCCGCGGGCAAUAGUGGGCCGACAAGAGCCACCCUUGCUAACGUGGCACCUUGGAUUAUGACCGUCGGCGCUGGGACUUUGGAUCGAGAUUUUCCGGCUUAUGCCGUUUUAGGAAACAAAAUCCGUUAUAAUGGCGUCUCGCUUUACAGCGGUCGAGGAAUAGGGAAAAAACCGGUCGGUUUGGUUUACAACAAAGAUAACAACACUUUUGGUAAUUUAUGUCUGCCCGGUUCGCUUAAACCGGCUUCAGUUCGUGGAAAAGUAGUCGUUUGUGAUAGAGGAACAAAUGCUCGUGUGGAAAAAGGAGGAGUUGUACGCGAUGCUGGAGGGGUCGGAAUGAUAUUAGCGAACACGGCGGAUAGUGGCGAGGAAUUGGUGGCUGAUAGUCACUUGCUACCGGCCGUAGCAGUAGGGAGGAAAACCGGUGACUUGAUUAGGAAAUACGCACAAUCUAAUCCUAACCCGACCGCCAAGCUCGUUUUCGGUGGGACCGUCUUGAAUGUCCGACCUUCACCGGUGGUCGCAGCAUUUAGCUCCCGAGGGCCCAAUAUGGUGACACCGCAGAUCUUGAAGCCGGACGUGAUUGGGCCAGGAGUCAACAUAUUAGCCGCUUGGUCUGAGGCUAUCGGUCCGACCGGGUUGGUUAAGGACACGAGGAAGACUAAGUUCAACAUUGUGUCAGGUACAUCGAUGUCGUGCCCACACAUUAGCGGGCUAGCAGCAUGGCUAAAGGCAGCUCAUCCAGAUUGGAGCCCAAGCGCAAUCAAAUCGGCUCUAAUGACCACUGCCUACACUCGAGACAACACCAACUCAUCUCUCCGGGAUGCAGCGGACGGUUCAUUAUCGAAUCCAUGGGUUCACGGGGCAGGUCACGUCGACCCUCAAAAAGCCCUUUCUCCGGGACUAAUAUACGAUAUAACUACGAAACAAUACAUAUCCUUCUUAUGCUCACUAGGCUACACCAUUGAUCAAGUUAAAACCAUUGUCAAGCGUCCUAACAUUACAUGUUCCAAGAGAUUCAAAGACCCUGGUGAACUCAAUUACCCAUCAUUUUCGGUCCUGUUUGGGGACAAAAGGGUUGUUCGGUACACUCGGGAAUUAACAAACGUCGGCCCCGCACGGUCGAUAUACAAAGUGGCGGUGGAUGGUCCGUCAUCUGUCGGGAUCUCAGUUAGGCCCCGGACGCUCGUCUUUAGGCAUAUUGGGGAAAAGAAGAGAUAUACAGUGAGUUUUGUAGCUAAAAGGAAGAGAAGAGGAUCAACGGUUAGGUCUGAAUAUGGUUCAAUAGUGUGGGGCAAUGCUCAACAUCAAGUGAAGAGCCCAGUUUCUUUCUCAUGGACAUUUUUGUAAACACUUGGAGAAUGUCAAAUCAUUAAUGAAAAAUCUAAGGUCAAAUUCUGAUUUUAA